AUGGAAUUUUUCCAGAAAGCAAACUCAGUGAGGCUCAUAAGCUACAAGGACAAAUACCUAGUAGCCGAGUCGGACCAAGAAACCAUCAUCCAAAUCGACCAAGAAACCAUCACCACACAAGAACGAAGCAACAAAAUUAAAUCGUCACCAUCGAUUUGGACAGUCGAAUUAGUCGAGAAUAAGGAUAAUUUAAUCCGCCUGAAAAGCUGUUACGGCACGUACCUAACGGCCUCAAACUCGCCGUUUCUUCCCGGAGUCACCGGCAAAAAAGUUGUCCAAAAAUCGCCAUCUGAUUACUGCGAUCCCGCCACCGAAUGGGAGCCCCUCAGAGAUGGAAUGCAGGUUAGGUUGAGGUCAUUUUGGGGAAAUUUUUUACGGCCCAAUGGGGGACUUCCACCGUGGAGGAACUCCGUCACGCACGAUAUUCCUCAUCGGCCAAACACCCGUAAUAAGUUGUUGUGGGAUGUUUUGGUGGUGGAGAAACGGGAUGCGGUGGCGUUUGGUAAUUAUAGUAAGUUUGGGAGGUCGAGAUCAAGAUCGUUUUCAGCUUCGAUGAUCGAUUCUAACCAGGUGCGAAAUGUGGGAGCUCGUCACGAAAUUAUUUGA